AUGGCCCCUUCCUCCGUCGACGAGAAUCUCCGCCCCAAAGACUACUUCGACGAACGGGCGACUAACGACAUGGAGCGCAACCUCGUCACCAAAAAACGCACCUUAACAGAACGCCUCGCCUGCGCUACCCGCAUCAUCGCCCACUUCCAGGAAGACGCCGGUCUGGCUGGCCAAAUAACCGCCCGCUCGUCCCGCUCCUCAGAUGUCUACUGGACGCUUCGCUUCGGCGUCGGCUGGGAAGAAGCCACGCCUGAGGAUUUCAUCGAAGUCGACAAAGACCUGAACACCAUCACCGGCACCGGGAUGGCCAACCCGGCCACACGCUUCCAUCUGUGGGUUUACGCUGCGAGGCCGGACGUCCAGAGUAUUGUCCAUGUCCACUCCCCGUGGAUCCAGGCUCUUGCAGCUGCGGGUGAAGGAAUCGUUGUUUCCCAGAUGGACAUGACGCCGUUCUACAACGACUGCACGAUUCUGAAGGAAUGGCCGGGUGUGCCUAUUGCGGAUCAAGAGGGUGUGAUUAUUAGUGGCGCGUUGGGCACGAACCGCUCGAUUGUUCUAGCUAACCAUGGUAUGUUAACGGCUGGGACGACGGUCGAGGAGGCGACCUACCUCUGUGUCUAUCUGGAGCGUGCGGCGAGGAUCCAGCUUCGGGCUCGUGUCUAUGGCCCGCUGAAGCCUGUCCCUGGGGCGUUGGCGCAGGAGGCCCAUGAUUACCUUAUGCAGGAACGGAUUGUUGCGGCAACAUUCGACUACUGGUUCCGCAAGACGGAGAGGGCGUUGGAUCCAAUGCCGACUGGAAAGGAGGAGUGA